UAAUAAUUAAUAUGUUAUAAACAUGGAAUGCAAAAUUUUGACUUGAAAAGUCUCAGAAUAUUUAAAGAGAGAGUUAUCUUGGGGGUGGUAGCAAGAUUGAUCCCUGAAGCAUUCACAAAUCCCAUAUGCAGCUAUACUUAUUGGCCAUUUCUCUGCACAACUUCUGGUUUCUCAUUUCUAUCAUUAAACUACACAAAUACACACACACAUAUAUAUAUAUAUGGUAAUUGGGCAUUCUUCUUAAUCCUAAGUAGUAUUCUACUUUCCUCCAAUUGAAGCAAAGAGAGAAGAAUAUCAAGGUCAGCUGCAGAGUUCUGAAGCUGAAAAACUCUUAUGCUUGUAGAUAUGAGUAUCGAAAACGAGCUGGAGACGACGAAGGGGGAGAUUGAAAAAGAGGAUCAGUUGGCGGAAUUUGAGGAAGGAACUGAUGAGGAUUCCAAAAGGGUUCAGCCAUGGAACAAGCAGAUUACAGUCCGUGGAGUCGUUGCCAGCAUACUGAUUGGAUCCAUAUUCAGUGUUAUUGCAAUGAAGUUGAAUCUGACAACAGGAAUCACUCCAAACCUUAAUGUUUCAGCAGCCCUUCUUGCAUUCAUUUUCAUCAGGACAUGGAACAAACUCAUUCAGAAAACCGGGAUCGUCUCAGCUCCUUUCACCAAGCAGGAGAAUACCAUGAUACAGACAUGCGUCGUUGCAUGUUACAGUAUCGCAGUUGGAGGAGGGUUUGGAUCUUAUCUCCUGGGAAUGAACAAGAAAACCUUUGAGCUGUCAGGUGGAACCAGUAUUGAAGGAAAUACUCCGAGCAGUAUAAAGGAGCCUGGAAUUGGUUGGAUGACUGGAUUCCUCUUUUUAGUCUGUUUCGUCGGCCUUUUCGUGUUGAUUCCUCUUCGCAAAAUCUUGAUAAUCGACUACAAGUUGACCUACCCGAGUGGCAUGGCAACCGCUGUUCUUAUCAAUGGAUUCCACAGCAGAGGUGACAAAAUGGCCAAGAAGCAAGUAAAGGGUUUCAUCAGGACCUUUUCUUUCAGUUUCCUGUGGGGAUUUUUCCAGUGGUUUUAUACAGCAAAAGAGGACUGUGGUUUCUCACAAUUUCCGACUUUUGGACUUCAAGCAAGGAAGCAGACAUUUUACUUUGAUUUUAGCAUGACUUAUGUGGGGACUGGAAUGAUUUGCUCCCACAUUGUGAACUUGUCUUUGCUUCUUGGAGCUGUGCUUUCAUAUGGUAUGAUGUGGCCACUUAUAGGAAAAGUUAAAGGAGAUUGGUUUCCAGCAGAUAUACCAGAAAGCAGUAUGAAGAGUCUCAACGGUUAUAAGGUAUUUAUCUCGAUUGCCCUCCUUCUGGGUGAUGGGCUCUAUAAUUUCGUCAAGAUAUUACGCGCCACAAUCAUUAAUGUUCACAGCAGGUUUUAUAGCAAGAGUAUCAACUCAGCAGGAGUAAAUGGGGACAAGGCCCUGCGAGAUCGUCGAAAAGAUGAAGUCUUCAUUAGAGAAAGCAUUCCUCUCUGGUUAGGAGCUGUAGGUUACAUAAUAUUAUCCAUGAUAUCGGUGGUGGUGAUUCCAUUCAUUUUUCCAGAGCUGAAAUGGUACUUUGUUCUCGUGGCCUACAUUUUUGCCCCAUCUCUGGCCUUCUGCAACGCAUAUGGAGUAGGAUUGACAGAUAUAAACAUGGCCUAUAACUAUGGAAAAGUCGGACUUUUCACGAUUGCUGCAAUGUCGGGAAAAGAGCACGGUGUCAUUGCUGCAUUGGCUGCUUGUGGUCUUUUCAAGUCCAUCAUCAAUGUUGCUUCCAUUUUGAUGCAAGAUUUUAAAACAGGCCAUCUAACUUUAACAUCACCAAGAGCAAUGCUGCUGAGCCAAGCCUUAGGGACGGCUUUGGGCUGCAUUGUUUCACCUUUGAGCUUCUUUCUGUUCUAUAAGGCAUUUGAUAUUGGUAAUCCAGAUGGAGAAUUCAAGGCCCCUUAUGCUAUAAUAUACAGAAACUUGGCCAUUAUUGGGGUCCAAGGCUUUUCGGCCUUGCCCCAACACUGCCUCCAGCUCUGCUAUGGGUUUUUCGGGUUUGCUAUUGCGAUUAACCUUUUGAAAGAUCUUUUACCAAAGAGGACUGGUAAAUGGAUGCCGAUUCCAACCGCGAUGGCAGUGCCGUUUUUAAUUGGAGGCUACUUUGCCAUUGAUAUGUGUGUGGGGAGUUUAGUGGUUUUUCUGUGGCAGAAAGUUAACUCCAAGAAGGCAGAGCUGAUGGUUCCAGCAGUGGCCUCUGGUUUGAUAUGUGGGGAAGGUUUAUGGACACUUCCUGCAUCAGUUUUGGCUUUGGCCAAGAUUACUCCUCCAAUCUGCAUGAAAUUCUUGCCUGGGUAAUGGGAUUUUUAGCUCUUUGAUAUAACUUCUGCGGUUCGCUCUACCAAACAUUUCCAUGUAACAGUAUCUAAUGUGUAAUAAUAAAUAAUAUGAAAAAAAUUAUUAAAGUCCUUUUUAGCAA